AUGCAUUUGUUGACUGAGACUGCUGGCCAGCAGCUGAGCGGAGCUGCCCAGCAGCUGGUCACUGUGGAGAGCAACUGGUCACAAACUGAAUGCUUUAUUUGCACAAGUAAAAGCGACGAAGGAGGCAUCAUCGAGCGAUUGCAGCAGAUUGUAAAUAAGAAACGGUUGUGCUCUGGCACUGAACUGGAAUAUGGUUGCCUGGGCUGGCCAAGUCACACAACACAACAAAAUCCAGUUUUGUACAUCGCUCUGAACAAAAAUUUGAAUGCUGGAGAAGCACAGCUCAAUUAUGUGUCCCAGCAGUAG